GUUGGAGUUCGAGUUGGAGUUCGAGUUGGGGUUCGAGUUGGAGAUCGAGUUGGUGUACGAGUUGGUGUUUGAGGUGAAGCUUGAGUUGUUGUUCGAGGUGAAGCUUAAGUUGAUGUGCUAGGUGAAGCCUGAGUUGAUGUUCGAGGUGAAGAUUGAGUUCAAGUUAGUUUUGAACCCAGGUACAAACUUGAAUUUUGAAAACAGGCUGCAAAAACGUGACUAAUUUUUAAUUUUUGCCCUGAGGAUAUGGCGUCCGAUUCCGAAGAUACGUUGGAUGGUUCACGACGCGAGCACAUUCAAGUUAGACGCAAGAGGAGAAGACUAGAGGUGCUGCCGCCAUGCCAACGACCAAGAAAGAAGACCCGCAGGAAUGUUCCAGCGGCAACUUGGUCUGUCGAGUGUGUUGCCCCAAUUGAUACUGCCACGCCGGUAUUUGAACGGCCUUCUGAGGUACUAGAAGGACAGCCAGUUCCACCGGUUGAGGCAAUCCCACCACAAGGAGUCACGUUCAACGAGGUACUACAGCUUAUUAGUUCUUUGCAAGGAGGGAACAAAGACAAGGCACAUCACUUAAAUAACAGUCAAUUAAAUAAUGUGGUACCAGAAUUUGAUCCCUCCAGCAAAGCGCAAAGCAUAGAUAGCUGGAUUCAUAAAGUUAAUGAAUGUGUUAAAAUAUAUGAUUGGAACGAGAAGCAGGCCAUACAUUUUGCACUUCAAAAACUUACGGGACUUGCAAAAAAAUGGUUCGAGUCUUUACCAUCCGUUGUAUAUAGCUGGGACGAAUGGCAAACGAAACUUAAAAAGGCUUUCCCCAACGAACAAAAUUAUGGUCGGCUUCUCGAAGAAAUGCUAGCUCGAACCACGCGUGCUGGUGAGCAUUAUCGUGAGUAUUUCUAUGAUAAGCUAACUUUACUAUACAGGUGCGAGAUCAGAGAAAAGAAGGCUGUACAAUGUAUAGUACAUGGCAUAUUAGAUAAGUCCGUUAGGAACGGUGCCCAAACUUUAAAUUGUGAGGAACCGGAAGAUUUGUUAGAUUACCUCAACUCGCAACGACCCCCUGACGUGUCUUUUAUUCGAAAGCAUAAUGAAGUCGGGCCUAAGCAGAACUCUUCUGCGAGUCCUUCAGACGAAACCCUGUGA